CGGCUCUGCUCUGACGCGGACGUUCAGCUGCUACUUGUGCUUUAUCGGUGAAUGGGGAAGUUCUUCUUGAACAAUCGAACAACUAAAACAGUGCGAAUAAGAAACGAAGGACAAGGGAACUAUAUAUUUUAAGUAUCCCGCGGUUAUGAUGACGAUGACCGCCGUCAAUGGCGAUAAACAACUGAAUGGGCACGAUCUGAUUUUCUUGUUGCUCGCAAACUCCAGUGUGAACGACGAAGGCAACACCAAUGCAGAGGACGAGUACGAUUAUGACAUCGAUUCUUCGUUCGAUAAUUACGACUGGGCAGAGCUGAUUCCAGCAGUCGUCGUCUAUUCGUUCGUCCUUUUGCUGGGCAUCUCGGGGAACGGCUUGAUCAUAUUCACCAUAACUCGUUAUCGGAGGCUCAAAACCAUAACUAACAUCUUCUUGGCCAGUUUAGCUUCAGCUGAUCUUCUACUUGUUGUCGUCUGUGUCCCAGUUAAUGUUGCCAAACUUUUCUCUUUCGCGUGGACGUUUGGCGUGUUCCUCUGCAAGUUUGUUCAUUACAUGCAAAACGUAUCGGCCAUCUGCUCCGUCUUGACAUUAACGGCCAUGAGCAUUGAACGGUAUUACGCCAUCGUUCAUCCAAUGCGUGCGCAAUAUCUCUGCACCCUGAGCCAAGCGCGUAAAGUCAUCACAGCUACAUGGAUCACUAGUUUCGUGCUCGCCACGCCAACGCUGUGGAUUCAAGUACAUUUACCGGUAGGGGUUCGCAAACCGGCUUUUUGGUGCGUCCGUGAUUGGGACAGCCCAAUCAGCUGGCAAAUUUACGAGCUGUACAUGCUCGCCCUUGUCCUUGUUUUGCCAUUGUCUAUCAUGGCGGUCACUUACGGUGCCAUUGGCCGGGAAGUCUGGCGUGUCACGUACCUUCGUUCUUCUAUGACCAAUGAUACGAACACCGAAAUUGUUCCCGCAGUUGCAGAAGUUGUUGCAAGUUCAUCAGCUGCCAUUGGCGCCAACAUUCCGGUGGAUUUGCCUGAUGUUGUUGGCCCGGAAACAAGUCAAAAGUUAAAUGGGGCCGUCCCCGAGAGAAUGGCGAUUGGCCGGCUAACUACAGCUGGCAGUCAAAAAGAGGCAUCAACGGGCAAGACCAAUUCCGUCAAAGGCAGUAUGGUUAGGAGAAAUAACCGUCACAGCAGCAGCGCUAACCGCUUGCCACCGGCUUCGCAACGCGCACAAGCCGAUCACAAGACGGCUCGUCAAGUUGUCAAAAUGCUGGUGGCAGUUGUCAUCUUGUUUGCAGUCUGUUGGUCACCGUACUUGAUCGAUAACGUGUUGACCAGUUUUGCUUUCCUGCCAAACACGAGAACUGGACCGAUGAAACACAUGAAAAUGGCUUUCCAUUUGCUCUCGUACAUCAAUAGUUGCUGCAACCCAUUCGUCUACGGGUUCAUGUCGAAAAACUUUCGACGCGGAUUCAGAGCUGCAUUACGACUUCGCUCUCAAAGUUGCAUCCCCUACUUUUGCUUGUGCACUAGUUGCUGUCAUCGUAAUCAAAGGAACGUCAGACAGCGUUCGGUGUACAAGUUUUCUCACGCCUCUCACAACUCACGUCUAACUACCCAAAUUCGUCUUCAGGAUACAGGGUACGUGCGGAGCAGCACAGUGGGCGGCGUGAGUCAUUCGUCAAUGGAAGCCGCUUCUGCCAUAUGAUCUUGUGCAUCUUCGAGAUUGAAAGAGGAGAAAAAGGUCGUCUGACUGGCAGUCCUCCGAUUCCAUAUGGUGUAUCCGGUGGGUGAUCCGUGUUGGUCGAUAUUUCAUUCCAACUGAAAUUUUGUUUUUUUAUUGGAAAUCACCGUCGGCUAAAAACGUGUUUCAAAUGACAGCUGUUGAAUCCAUUUCUCUCCUUUUUUGUUGGCCUCAUGUGUGUCACCUCGAAUCAAAUUUCUCUUUCCGAAAAAAAUACUUUCGACAAAAAAGGUACGGCAGAUUUGGUUGUAAAAACACAAGCGUGUAAUAUAUUGGCUUUCAGCAAUUUUGUUUUUUUUUCCUGCUCAACGAUAAGAAUUGAUGCUUAUCUUGAAUUGUCUGUAAAUGAAACAAAUAACAAAA